AUGCAGUAUCGGGCUGUCAGCAGUCAGGGCCGCCAUGGGCGCUUUGGGGUGGCAGUGAGCGCGGCCUUGGCCUUGGGCGUUCUGCGAGGCGGCUUGACGGCAGCUUCGCCUUGCACUCGCCGCACCGGCCUGGGCGCUGCGGCACAUCGAGGCCUCGGGAUCAGCGUCGGUCCCUCCACGCGCCGAAUCGCUGCUCCCGUGUUGCUCGGCUUCGGGAUGCGCGACGGGGGGAGCGACAUCGGCGUUGAUUGCGUUGCUGCUGCCGCCAUGCUGCGACCAGCUGACGGGCGUGACAACGCCACCACCAAUGCCACCGACGCUGAUUCCGUCGCGGCUGAUUCCGCCGCGGCUGAUUGCGGCGCAGCCGAUUCCGCCGCGGCUGAUAGCGGCGCAGCCGAUUCCGCCGCGGCUGAUUGCGGCGCAGCCGAUUCCGCCGCGGCUGAUUGCGGGGCUGCACAUUCCGGCGCGGCGGAGUCCAGCGCAGCAGUUUCCGGCGCACCCGAAGCGGCGCAGUCGCACGCUGCAGGGUCCGACGCACCAGUUUCCGAGGAUGCGCAUUCCGACGCGCCUGACUCCCACGCUGCGCAUUCCCACGCACCAGUUUCUGACGCCGUGGCGUCGUGCUUGCAUCCCGCGGCGGCGUCAGUGCGAUGA